AUGGAAUCACUCGUCUAUGAGAACUCGCCUUUGGCGGACUACCUCCAGGGGGAAGGUGAACACGACCCAAGUUGGCCUGUCAAGGAGGCAGACCAUAGCGAUGAUUUCUCCGACUCUACGGCUGCGGAUUUUGCCCCACGAGGUGUUUCGAAGUUCCAGGAGCGUAUUCGGAAUAAACUGCCCAAGCCUCUCGAACGGAAAGUCUCGCGACAGCGGGCAGCACUGGGUCGACUCUAUGAUGUCUGCACGUCUGCUCUGAAUUCCCGCGUUGGACGAAGCGACAACGAAAGAUUCCUGGAACAGUUCGGCUAUGUUAUCGUUGCGUCUCAGCUGCUGAACGAACACAGUGCGCCGUCUUACACAUCAGCUGCAGAUGUGAUGUCCACGGCUCUUCCAGCAGAUCUCCCGUCUAUCUCCACAACGUUUGGCAUACAAGGUGCUGUUGUCACGGCUUCGACUUCUUUCUCCGUCGCUUGGUUGUUACAUUGGAGCCGGUCUCGAACAUCGUCUGGUCUUAAUCCUCGGAAGGUCGGAGUUUUGCUGGUUCUCGUGCCCGUAAUUGGGGUUCUGUUCUAUGCAUUCGCCAAGCGACAGUGGCUGAAAUAUUUGCGCCAUCAAGCUGUCGACGCAGCUGUGACUUUCAUUAGCAACGCCCAAGGGUUUGACUCUGCCGCUUCCGCGUCGGUUGUAUUCAUACAGGAAGUUGAGCUGGUCUCAAGAGGCUACCGCAUAAGCACGCCGUUGCCCCCAGUAAGCAGACUUGAAGAUCAGACGCAAACACGGCGAUGUCUGAGACUGCGCCGAACCGUAUCGGAAUCGUUCUAUCUCAUGCUGGGCCAGUACAUUCGGGCACAGCAUACCCUACGCCCACUUACCGAUGCCACCAACCUCGCCAAGUAUUAUGAUAUCUACGACAUAUCAGAGGAGGAGCUUAUGGAGGCCGAGGCAGCGUUCGAUGAGCGAGCCACCGAAGACCAGUACUCUCUACGUGCCCUUCGCACACUUUUCGGAAGACUCUACAUCGUGAGAAAGAGUAUCCUCUGCUGUCUCCUCGCGCUCGGCGCGGAUGGCGGCGGGUCCGAUAUUGCUAGAUGGACCACGGCAGUCGAGCAGAUGCGGGACCUGGCCCAUGUGACUGGCGAGAACAUUCACAAGAUGACCAACAUCCUCAACGAGGACGAUCGUGAUGUCAUUCCGCCUUCUCCGCUACCAACAGCCUCACCCAACAAGGACAAUCUCCGUGCACAAUACCGAAAUAUCAAUUCACUCUCCCAGGGAAUUCGUGCGCUUCACGCAAAGAUGCACAUCCUCAAGGAGGCAUCUAGUUCUAAUCUCGAGCGACCGGAUGCUGGCGAAUUCGAGGCGAGCCUCAUGCCCCAGUAUGAAUCGAUUGGAGCGGAUAUCAGAAGCCUCCUCCAGGAGUGGGAGUCAGGCAAAUCCGCAUUGAUGAGUAGCUUGGGAAAACCCGCAAAUCCGGAAUUUUCGCGACCCUCGAGCUUUCUGAAAACACCCCUGUCACCCACACCCAGCCUUGGAGGUUCUACUGCAGUCGAGGGCAGCCCUGCAGACGCCCUUAGAGCGUUGACUGGGGAAAACACAGAUCCGAGCAUCGUCCAUACACUAGACGAUGAGGAGGAAAUAUUUGAAGCAGUGGCUCUUCCGGCUCGGAACAAGAGGAUGUCAUUAACCCGGGAAGAACGAAUCGCACGAGUCAAGGAAGAUAGAGCACGACAAGCAGCCGCUCGGGAGCGCACUGAUGCCAACACAAACAUGCUCAAGGAGCUAGAAAUGGUAAUUAAGCAACGGCCUCGUACCACAAUAGCUGCGAAACGUGUCACAAGCAUUUGA